AUGGUGGAAUUGAACCUCGAGUUUACCGACAGCAAGCUGACACCAGACGGCAGCAGACCGACGCCAGACCGACAGCAGACCGACAGCAAGCUGACAACUAGACGGCAGCAGACCGACAGCAGCCCGACAGCAGACCGACAUCGAAAGGACAGCGGCCGACAGCAGACGACAGCAGACCGACAGCAGACUGACAGCAGACCGACAGCAGAACGACAUCAGAAGGACAGCAGACUGACAGCAGACCGACAACAGAGCGACAUCAGAAGGACAGCAGGCCGAAAGCAGACGACAGCAGACCGACAGCAGAGCGACAUCAGAAGGACAGCAGGCCGACAGCAGACGACAGCAGACCGACAUCAGACUAACAGCAGACCGACAUCAGACCGACAGCAGACCGACAACCGACAGCAAGCUGACACCAGACGGCAGCAGACCGACGCCAGACCGACAGCAGACCGACAGCAGACUGACAGCAGACCGACAGCAGAACAACAUCAGAAGGACAGCAGACUGACAGCAGACCUACAACAGAGCGACAUCAGAAGGAAAGCAGGCCGAAAGCAGACGACAGCAGAACGACAGCAGAGCGACAUCAGAAGGACAGCAGAACGACAUCAGAAGGACAGCAGACUGACAGCAGACCGACAACAGAGCGACAUCAGAAGGAAAGCAGGCCGAAAGCAGACGACAGCAGAACGACAGCAGAGCGACAUCAGGACAGCAGACCGACAGCAGAGCGACAUCAGAAGGAAAGCAGGCCGAAAGCAGACGACAGCAGACCGACAACAGAGCGACAUCAGAAGGAAAGCAGGCCGAAAGCAGACGACAGCAGACCGACAGCAGACUGACAGCAGACCGACAGCAGAACGACAUCAGAAGGACAGCAGACUGACAGCAGACCGACAACAGAGCGACAUCAGAAGGAAAGCAGGCCGAAAGCAGACGACAGCAGAACGACAGCAGAGCGACAUCAGAAGGACAGCAGGCCGACAUCAACGGCAGCAGACCGACGCCAGACCGACAGCAGACCGACAUCAGACUGACAGCAGACCGACAGCAGAACGACAUCAGAAGGACAGCAGACUGACAGCAGACCGACAACAGAGCGACAUCAGAAGGAAAGCAGGCCGAAAGCAGACGACAGCAGAACGACAGCAGAGCGACAUCAGAAGGACAGCAGGCCGACAACAGACCGACAUCAGCCCCACAGCAGUGCGACAUCAGAAGGACAGCAGGCCGACAGCAGACGACAGCAGACCGACAUCAGACUGGCAACAGACCGACAUUAGACCGACAGCAGACCGACACUGGACCGAUUUGGCGGUGUGA